GGCCUCCUGAGUCCCCAAGAAAAGAACAAUAAUAGAUGAAUCCAAUGACAGAACAAUAUAACAGUUAUGCAAAUUUCAAGGUAGAGGCAUGCACCAUUCCUUGAAUUUUGACCAAAGAACAAAACAUGUGGCUGAUCUUACAAAGUUAUUUAUUCCCAUUUUUAUGCAGAGUAAAGGGAAGCCCAACAGUAUAAUAGAGUGAAGAUAUUACUUUAUAUUUUUAUUACUUUCUUUUGGUUUUCUGAGACUCAAAACUCCCAACAUUCAUACAACUUUCUAUCCUUCUUUCUUAUCAUGCCUCUGCAAUCUUCCUUCUCCUCCUUUUCCACCCAUUCUUCUUCUUCUUCUUCCAUCAGAUAUCCAUGGAAAUACCAUGUGUUCAUCAGUUUCAGAGGCGAAGAUACUCGCUAUGGUUUCACUGGCAACCUCUACAAAGCUCUUUUUGAUAAAGGAGUCCACACCUUCAUUGAUGAUGAGGAACUUCAAAGAGGACACGAAAUCACACCCUCACUUCUCAAGGCAAUUGAAGAGUCCAGGAUUGCCAUCAUUAUCCUCUCUCCUAACUAUGCUUCUUCUUCUUUUUGCUUAGACGAGCUUGUCCACAUCCUUCACUGCAUCAAGGGAAAUGAUCGCCUGGUUUUACCGGUUUUCUAUGAGGCUGAUCCUUCUGAUGUGCGCCAUCAGAGAAAUAGUUUCGGAGAAGCAAUGGCCAAGCAUGAAGAGAAAUUCAAGAGUGACUUGAACAAGGUGCACAAAUGGAAGCAGGCUCUGCAUCAAGUUGCUAAUUUGUCAGGAUAUCAUUUCAAACACGGGGAUGGAUAUGAACACAAGUUUAUUGCAAAUAUCGUGGAAGAAAUUUCAAGAAAGAUUAAUCGUGUACCUUUGCCCGUUGCUGAUUACCCUGUUGGACUAAAGUCUCGAGUGUCAAAUAUAAUUUCACUUCUGGAAAUGGAUUCUAGUGAUCGAGUUCACAUGGUAGGGAUACAUGGAAUUGGUGGCAUAGGAAAAACGACACUUGCAAUUGCUGUCUAUAACUUGAUAGCUGACAACUUUGAAAGUGUGUGCUUUCUUGAAGAUGUGAGGGAAAAUUCAAGUAAAUAUGGGUUGGUACAUCUUCAAAAUAACCUUCUUUGUAAGAUACUAGGGAAGGAGGGAGUCCAGAUACAAGGUGUUAAAGAAGGAACCUCACAAAUACAACAAAGACUUCGUGGAAAGAAAGUUCUUUUGAUUCUAGAUGAUGUUGAUGAACAAAAGCAGUUAGAAUCUAUUGCUGGAAAACCUAAUUGGUUUGGUGGUGGUAGCAGGGUGAUUAUUACAACACGAGAUACACAUUUGCUAAAACUCCAUAAUGUUGAAAAGACAUUUGAGGUAGCUGCUUUAAGUAAGAAACAUUCUCUUGAAUUGCUUGUUAAAAAAGCUUUCAAAAAUGAUGAAGUCAACUCAAGUUAUUAUGCAAAUGUUUUAAAUUGUGCAAUAACUUAUGCCUCUGGACAUCCGUUGGCUUUGGAAAUAAUAGGUUCCAAUUUGUUUGGAAAAGAAGUAGAACAUUGGGAAUCUGCAUUACAUCAGUAUGAAAAAAUUCCUAACAGGGAGAUCCAACAAAUACUUAAAAUAAGUUAUAAUGCUUUGGAGGAAUAUGAGAAGAAUAUUUUUCUUGAUAUCACUUGUUGCUUUAAAGGACACAACUUGAAAGAAAUUGGAGAUAUACUUCAUGCCCAUUAUGGAUAUAACAUGAGCUAUCAUAUUCAACGGUUGGUUGAUAAAUCACUCAUAAAGAUUAAGUUUGGGGAUCAAGUGACAUUUCAUGAUUUGAUAGAGGAUAUGGGCAAAGAAAUUGUUCGACAAGAAUCACCAAAUAUGCCAGGAAACCGUAGCAGGUUAUGGUAUCAUGAAGAUAUAGUUCAAGUUUUACAAGAAAAACAAGUAAGUUAUUAUUUCAAUGAUUUUAGUUUUAUGUCUUUAAAUUUGCUUUAUCACCUUAUGAUAUUAUAUUGUCACAGCCCAAAAGUAGAAAUGCUUCGUUUGUGUGGCACUAACAUAAAAGAUUUGCCAUCGUCAUUUCAAAACCUUUGUGAGUUGUCCUGUUUGAAUCUGAGUGGCCAUACCUUUCAUAGGAUACCAAGUGUGAUCGUGAAUAUGCCAAAACUGUUUACAUUAUAUAUUGGGGGAGAAGGCAAUAAGACUUGGGUAUCACGCAACAAGUUGGAAGAGGGAGUUGAAGGAACACUCAGCUCUUCAAAUGUGACUAAUCUUACUCUCGAUAAGUGUAUGCUGUCAGAUAACUUUUUUCCACUGGCACUUGCAUGGUUUCGCAAUGUGAAAACAUUAGACCUGAGUAGCAACAGGUUCACAAUCCUUCCCGAAUGCAUCCAAGAUUUUCGCUUUCUAAGCUCCCUCAAAGUUGAUUUUUGCACGAAGCUAGUUAAGAUUGCAGGAAUUCCACCAAAUUUGAAACAAUUCUCGGCAGUAGGCUGCAGCAACUUGACUGAGGUCACAAGCGUGUUACUCAAUCAGGAACUGCACGAGAAUGGAAGAACCGAGUUCGCAUUGCCAGGAACAAUGAUUCCAGCAUGGUUUGAAGAGAAGAGAAAGGGAGAUUCUAUUUCAUUCUGGUUUCGUGGCGAGUUCCCUUCGAAUGCACUUUGCUUUGCAAUUCUAAAGCGGAAUAGGCGCAGCAGUGGAACUCGUAUAACAACCAUGGUGAGCAUCAAUGGCAAGCAAGUUUCCCGUGGAGAUGGGAGAACCCAAACUUUUCAGGAACUAUUUAUUUUUGAUCUGUCCAUGACAAAAAAAACGUAUCAUUUGGAUGGAAUAUGCUUUGAAAAUAAAUGGAAUCAUGCGAAUGUUUCAUUUAAAAUUUAUGACCUAAUGGAGGAGUGUGGAAUGCAUAUAUUGAAGCAAGAGAGUAGUAGCAUCAUGAAAGAUAUUCGAUUCACCAAUCCUUGCAUAAAGAAUGACGAUGAAGCUCUCCAUGGUAUUGGCAGCAUUGACGUUCGUCUAAGGCUACAACCAGGUUCUGCAACUAGCCAACCAGCUUCGCAGAAUCCUCUUGGGCAUAGUGGAGACACGUCACAUUCAAAAGGGAACUGGGCAGUGCCACAAUUCAGGGGAGGCACUGUUUUUGCUAGGAGGAACAUAAAAAUGAUGUUGUGUGUGAUGUUUUAUACAAUGUUAAGCAUUGUAGUGUGUGGUUUGGGUAUGUGGUUAGGAAAGAAUUAGGGUGGUGUGAGUUUAGGAGCAAAGAAUGAAACAAUUAAGCCCUACUUCAUGUGGAUAGUAUUCAAGCUUUCUUCCAAUGUAAAAGCCUUAGGGCUCUAAAAGAAGCAUCACCUUAAUUGAAUGGAACCUUAUUGCAGUUUUCUUGCAUAUUUGCACUUAA